UGAUCCGUCAUCUUGUUUUCCGACCCCCCGUCGACCGAAUCAGCGCUGCUGUCGGUCAGCCUCAAUCGAUUUUUCACCGAUGAAUUUUUCACCCAACGGGGAACCCUGACAUAACAUCCCGUUCGUUGUCAGCCCGUGUACGUAAGUUCUAUCAACGAGUUCCGUCGUACUUCACGCCGUUACUUCGUCGUUUCAUUCACAAAUCAUAUGAUAGUAUAAUAUACAUACAGUGUCUGCUGUUACUCUAAUCUUUUAAGUAUAUAAUAUUAUAUACCAGCACUGCAGCCAUGCCGAUUAAUUUGGAAACACAUCAUGACAUCAAAUUUUUAAAAAUAUACAAUCUCAUGAGCGACCUUAGGAUCCGAACCCUUGUCAAAGAACGUAAGUUGUUUAUGCAGAAAAACGCAACCGAAGAGAUUACCAAAGAAGAAUGUCUGAAACUACUAACAGUCGAAUUGGACGUAAUGAGUAAAUGCGUUUCGGCAAUCGAUAAAUAUUAUAUUCCACAGACGUGGUUCAUUACUGAAUCUCUAAAUGUCAUGAAAUUGUUGUGCAAUCGAAUUGAUCAUUUGUACUACAGUAUGUUUCAAAUGUUUUCUAUUGGAUGUGUAUUGUUAGUGAACUACAUGGAAUUUCACUCGAACAAUAUAGAGUUUAUAACCAACGAAAACCCUCCGCUAAUCGUAUUAAUGUCGAGAAAAAAAUGCGAACCUCAAAUGUAUAUAGCUGCAGCAACGUUCGAAUAUGAAAAAAAAAAUAUCGAGAUGGCUAGGCGAUACUUCGAAGAAGGAAUUAUAAAAUACGCAAAUAAUAAAACUCUUUAUUUAGAACAAUUGUGGAUUGAAGUGAUGUACUUUGAUGAUGUAGGAGGCGGUGAUUUGAAUGAAAUAAAACCAAUUGAAAUUUAUAAAAAAACAAUAAAAAAAUUCGAAUACGACAUGGAAUUUCAUAUCGUAUUGUUGGAAAGAUCUAUAGAAGUAAAACCCCUAUGGAGACUACAACACGAAAUUGUCUGUGAUUUGAUGGAGAUGUACAAUUACAGUGAUAUCAUGUGGCAUAAAGUUGCUACAUUGUGCACAAAUGGAUACGUUUUCAACCGUGAUACAGGGAUCUUCGGAUACGUCACAGACCCCAAUAAAAGAGCGAGGUGUUGUAUUAAAACAUACAAUAAAGGAUUGAAACAUGUAUUUAACGUCACAAGAAAACUCAAUUUAAUGAAGUUGCUUACUGAAUAUAUAAUAAAACUUUGGAAAUAUUAUAAUACUAAGAUAAAUUCGGAAUUCAAUAAAUGGAUACAAAAGGAAAUGAAAAAGGCAUUCCAGAUGGGCCACUUUGACCUUGGAGGUCUACAUGAACCAGAAUAUUAUGUUUAUUGGGCGGUACUUUCUGAAGAGAUUCAUCCCGAAAUUUUACAAUUGGCGAUCGAUUGCAACAAGGGCAACGUCGGCGUGUGGGCUGAGGCGUUAAAUUAUCGGAUCGAACAUUUCGGUUCUUAUAGAACAGUAAAAAAGAUUUUUGAUGCUGGAAAUCAGGCAUUGGGAAACAAGUCAUUACUUUUGUGGAAAAAGAUGGAAACGUUUUUGAAACGGUGCCGCGAAAACGACCGGCAGCUUGGUAAGUUUUAUAAAGAUGGCGCCAAGAGCCCCUACCAAGAAAUCAGCAAUGUGUACAAAGUCAAACACCUUGAAUGGGUCAACGAUAACGAUGGCAUAUCCUCUGCUAGAGGCCUUUUUAACCAAAUGAUAAGAUUAGUACCGGCGAAAAAAAAAUUGUACAUGAACAUGAUUCAGUACGAGAAAAUGCAAAAACCGAUCAACAUCUGCUCCAUCAGAAGCAUAUACAACCUCGCGUGCCACAAAUUUUCCUCUGAUGUCCCUCUGUUGGCUGACUGUCUUGAGUUCGAGCUCGAGCACAUUGGGAAAUCCACCGCCGACAGAAUGUAUGAUAUGGCGUUGAUGAAUCUCCAGCCACAGUUGAGGACUGAUUUAAAACACAUGUACGAGAUGAGAAAAGAAACUCACAGAAAUCGCCCCAUUAUAAUUGACCCUGAUAUUAUAAUAAUACCAGACGAUGAAGAAUAGGAUCUAGGAAAACAAUGACACUGAAAAAUACAUCAAAUGUAUUUUACUUAAAAAUCACAAAUAUUAGUUCUUUUCAUAAUUAUAAUAAUCCUGACAUCUGCUGUUAUUAGCAAAUAAACUCAAUUUGAAUAGGGUGGACAAGUAGGUACCGCUCUGCUGUACGGCAGUUUUCGAGUUUGAUAUUAUUGUAAUGAAUUAUGAAUAUGUUAAAUUUGAAUUUAAUGAUAAAUCAUUGUAUACCAAAAAUGAUUCUGGGUGGAGACUGUGUGUCAGCCUACUAUAUACUUGUAUAAAUAAUCAUAUUUAUUAGUCAAAUUUUUUUUUUUUUUAAGGUACAACAACUUGCGGGGAAUCUUCUAAUAAAUGUCCUUAUGUAAGCUAUGAAAAGAAAAACCUGUAUACAAUUCUAACAAAGAAUAAUGUUUACAUAUUCGAGACUUAGAUGAAUUGUGUCAAAAUUUCAACAUUAGAUAAUCUUGAAAUCAUUCUGUCCCAAAUGGCAGUGUUGAAGAGAUAACUCUGACGCUAGGGCCAAGUAAAAUCUUGUAUUACACUUUUAAGUUUUUUCAUCUAGCAAAAAAUUAUUAAUCAACAAUAAUUGAAUAAAAACUUUA